AUCAUCCAGACGUAAUUAAUUAUUGUCAAAAUAACUAUAAAAACAUUGCUGAAGAGAGGACUUUUCCACCAUGGGCAUGUUAAUGGGUUGUGGUGUUUGUUGUUCGUGUUUAAGCAUUUGGGCUAUUAUACAAUUGAGUUUAAUGGGUUACUUCUACCAUAUAGAAACGGCCAUUUUGAUUGAAGAUGUACACGCGCAUAAAGAAGAUUACAAUACUUACGACGAGUAUAUAAAGGCGACAAGAAAUAAUUAUUAUGAGAACUCAAUAAACUGCUGGAUCGCUGCCGUUGCGUACGCCGUCACUUUGAUCAUAUCUUGCGUAUGUAUAAUGUCUGCCAGGAAGUCUGCUAAAAAGAGACAGAAGCUAGAGGAAGACGACGAAUACGUGUGCACUCCGAAGCCGACGCAGUUCGAGAAAGAGAUGGCUAAGAGACGCGCGAAGGCCGCGAAGAAGAAAGGCCAAAAACCACCAAAGUCCCCAAAAAAACCGAAAUCCCCUAAAACGGUGAAAAGCGGGGAACUCACGAAAGGCUCGAAGAUCACGAAAAGCUUGGAACAUGUGAAAGCGGACAUCAAGAAGAGCACGGAACAUAUAAAGGAGGAAGUCGCCAAAGGCAUCGAGAAAGGCCUGGAGGUAUUUAGAAUAAGGAAGAUAAGCAAGGCACUGUGA